AUGCGGUCCACAUCAUCUGCAAUUAAUGACUUUUUGGAGGUUGCGGGAAUCGACUCGCCAGAAAUUGCAUCGUUCUUUUUGAAGCGAAAUCAUAACAGACUUACCGCGUCUAUAAAUGAUUACUUCAGUAACCCUCGCUUGGUAGAACAAGCGACACAAAGUUUGGAACAGAGGAAAAAUUCGAAAUCAAUUGCAUCCAGCCCAAAGCUAAAGGGAAUAUUUGAUAAAUAUAAGGAAGCAGAGCCGGAUCCCACCGGGAAAUAUUACAUAGGAGUUGACGGAACGCUUCAAUACCUAAAAGAUCUUGAAUAUGAACCCGAGGAUACAAUCGUUUUGUGCCUGGCAAAUUUCUUAGAGUCAGAGUCAGUUGGAGAUUUUAGGGAAGAACCUUUUAUGAGAAAAUGGUCAGCAGUUGGCUGUGAUACAUUAGAGAAGAUGAGAAAGUUUAUGGACAGUACUCUGAAACCAAAGCUUGUCAGUGAUCCCAAGUACUUUACGGAGAUUUAUCAGUACACAUUCAGAUUCAUUUUAGACAAGGGAGAGAAAAAGUUACCGCUAGAUUUUGCGGCUGAAUACUGGCGUCUAUUGAUACCCAAACAAUACUUCACUGAACUAGAUAAAUUCACUCAUUUCAUGCACGUGAGCCACAAAAUGAAGGUUUCACGAGAUCAAUGGAAUAUGCUGUUGCCUUUUCUUGAGGCUUACCAUGAAGAUUCAGAGUUGAAGAAUUAUGAUGAAAGCCAAUCCUGGCCUCUUUUAAUGGAUGAAUUUUACGAAUUUAUAAAAGGUGAGCAAUGA